AUGCAAUUUUUAAAAAAACAAAAGGAAUAUUUAACAAGUUGUUUUUCAUUAAAUACAGCAACAAUUGCUAAAGAAGAAUAUGAACUAAUAGAUCCAAGAUCUCCUUCAAGAACUAUUAAAAGAUCUCCAUUUAAAAAAUCACAACCACAACAAAAUAUAGACCCAAGAUCACCAACUAAUUCAUUUAAAAGAUCACCAAUUAGAAAAAAUAAUAAUAACAUUUAUGAUCCAAGAUCACCAUCACUUAAAAUUAAAAGAUCACCAAUAAAUUUAAAUAAAAAUAAUAAUAAUGUUUUAGAUCCAAGAUCACCAUCACUUAAAAUUAAAAGAUCACCUCUUGCAUUUAAAAAAAUCAAAACCCAAAGACAACAUCAAAAUCUUUUUGAUCCAAGAUCACCAUCUCUUAAAUUUAAAAGAACACCAUUUAAACAACAUCAAAAUCUUGAUCCAAGGUCACCAUCUCUUCAAAGAACCCCACUUGCUGUAAAUAACGAAAUUAAAUCAAAAGAACCUGAAAUUUGUUCAACUCCUUUUUCAAAGUCAAUAAAUAAUGAAAAUAAUGAUAUCUCCACACCAAUUUCCACAGUACCAAUUGAACUAUCUACUACUCCAUCUCAAGAAGACUCUUUAAAUUCAUUUAAAUCACUAUUAGAAAAUGAAAUUAAACAAAAUGAUUCAAUUAAAUUUGACCAAGAAAAAGAGAUUAAUAUUGUUUCAACAACUACUAAUGAAACUAUUAUUGAUGAAGUAAAUGAAAUUGUUAAAGAAAUUUCUGAAAUAAUUAAAGAAGUUGUUUUAGAAAAAGAAGAAGAAAAAGCUGAACUUAAAAAUAUUGACGAAACAUCUAAUAUUAUUGAAACAUUAGACUCAUUAAUCAUUCAGGACCUUAAAGAAGAUAUUCAAAUUGAACUUUCACCAACUAAAACAACAACAACAAGUCAUCUCUCUAAAUCAAAUGAAAUUUCAGCACCAUCAAAUUUAAUUAAUCCACGUUUAUCCAAACUCCAAAAAUCUAAAGAAGUAUUUAGAUCAUCUCCAUCACUUUUAUCUCCAAAUAAAAAACUUUCACCAAGCAAGAGAUUGGCACUUUUUUCUGCCAAUAUUAAUGGUUCACCAAAACUUUCAAGAAAUAAUAAUAAUUUUUCUUCACCAUCAUCCAAUAGUGGAACACCAACUAAACGUUUUUCAUCAUUAAUGAACCAAGAAAACAGUACUAGUUGUACAAAUCUUCUUCAUAGCAUCAUUAGUGACCAAAUCGAAAAUAAUCCAGACUCAUUGAAUAAAAUUCUUACUACCAAUAGUGGUACCCCAACCAAACGUUUAUCAUUCGCAAAUAGUAAUCACGGAGCACCAUUAUCACCAAAAUUAACACCCAAAAGAAUGUUUUCACAACCAAAACAUAUUCUUUUAAAUCAAAAACACUCCUCAACAUCAAAUCUUUCAACACAUUCAAUUAAAUAA